ACACCAGUUUUAUGUGGGAGCCAUUUGGAUUCGAUUCUUCGGAAGAAGUUUUUGGGUACUCGGGUAAAAUUGAUAAUUAAGUAAUAAAUAACCGAUUAUCAUCAUAGCAUUUUAAAAAAAUAUUUUUAAAUAGUGGUCUAGCUAGUGGACAUCAGUUAUGAUGAGUGGUGAAACAUGUGGGGUAAUCAGGAUGCAGAGCGUGAGUCCAUUGCUGCCUCAGCGCCAGGAGAGUGUAGAGGGUCGCUCACCAAACCUGAGGCCGAGGCACGGGGAGCUGAUACCCACACCAUUUGGACCAAUAAAGCGGUUGUCAGAGCUCCAGUGCUUCAUUAAGGCUUACUUCUGCCUCACAAUCAUCUCCCUGGUGGUGCUCUUCAUUCUCACUAUAGUCAACAUCACGGAAGAGAGCAGGAAAGUGGACGACGAUGAUGACCUCAGUGUCUCUAUCAUCCAGCUUGUGGGCAUCGUGUUCUGUGUUUACUACAUCAUGCGAGGCGUGCUGCAGGAAAACAGGCAGGAGCUGAUUAUCUUUGCGGUGUGCGUGCUUGUGGUCAUGGUGCGCUCUAUCGUCAACUUCAGCGUACUCGAAGAGAAAGGAAUGCUGCUGAUGGUGCGGUUUGUGUGCAUCAUAUGUGUGGGUGUGGUGCACCUGAUCUGUGCUUUGCUGCUCAUUCUAAGACCCAACAUGAUGGCCUUCAGGGUGGGUGGAGCGUUGGAAAGCCUGCAGGAACAGUAUUUCCUGCUCAAUCUCUGCUUCUCAAUGGUGACAUUUGAUCUUCAGGCACAGCUGUGCUUGUGCAUCCUGAUCCUGACGUCAGGCCCCACCGUGUCCUUCACUCACUCCGUCAUUUUGGGAAUUGGACUCGUUUGGGCAAUAAUCACUGCUGUGACUGGAGCCAUUUCUGUUUUAAAAGAAGUGAAGCCACUGGUCUGGAUUUUUGUUCUCCAGAACUUACCUCAGCUGGCCUAUUUCAUUUACCUGCUAUACACGAUCAUUUCUCAGUGGGGCCAGAGUAAAACAUACAUCCUAGAGGCUGCUUCCAUAACGGGCUGCGUGAUCUCGGUGACCAUCAAAAGUGUGCUGUUCUGGGGCUUGUUCCGUCUGUACCGCAGCUUCGGCCAGGGUCUGCGGGAGAGACUGUUUGCUACAGAUAUGCAGUAAAGGUCUUUAUGAAGAGGAGCAGCAUGAGACGCGCUGCGUUGUGGAGAGUCAGCAAGGGGUACAAUAAUGCAACUUCAAUUCACUGUUUAAAUAUGCACUUACAGCUGAACAAAACUUCAGUCAAGCAGGUUCAUCCACCCGGAAGAGAUGUCUGUAAAUCAAUUUCGGACCUAAAGUGAGCGCGGCAAGCCAUCGUUGCCGUUUAGCUUAUUUGAAAGUCAUUUGAAGUCCAGUUCUUGCUUUGGACAAGAUUGAUUUUAUUUUGUACAUGGAAAUGCCAAGUUAUUCAUGUAGUGAUUAGACAUUCAUACGUUACAUCUUUAUUUGUUUGUUUUUAUUAUUAUUAUUUUUUUUUUAUAUAUGCUUUAAAAUGUUUGCUUUGCAAAAUGUUUGAAGUAUUUACGUUCACGAUUAUUCCCCGUGCUUCUUUUAAAUGUUAUUUUAAGUUUGGAUACAUAUCAGAAAGUGUCAGCGUGUACCAAAACUGCAUGUCUUAUCUAUUUCAGCAGCAGUCACUCUGCCCAUGCAAAACGUGCGUGAUUCAGCCACUCCAUUUUAAAAUGUUGUGUAGUCUAAACAUGUCUACAGUUUCUGAUUAUAUUAUGUUAUAUAAUAUCAAUCUAAUAUCUUGAACAAACGAUGAGGCUGCAUCCUAUUUUGGAAUAGGAAGAACUUACAAUCACUGUCAAAGUUUUAAUGUCAGAUAACAGGGUUCCAACAAAUCAGUGUGUUAACUGUCAUUCUUUCAUAUUAAUAAUCCAGCUGUGUAGUAGUAACAACAAGGCAUUCUGAUUUGUGGUUUCGUUUCCUGAAUGUUGCGCCACUCAUUUGAGGAAGAUUUCACUCUCGGAAGAUUGGGCACUAAACUGUCAUUGGGUUGGUAGCCUUAUCUUUUUUAGUUUCAACAUAUAUUCAUCACCUGGAAACGUAGAUAUAUACGAGUAUGUAAUUGGACCGUAAUGACCUUUUUAGAGGAAAGCUUUAAAGGCAGCUAAAUACACGGUGGCUUAGUGGUUAGCACGUUCGCCUCACACCUCCAGGGUCUGGGAUUCGAUUCCCACCGUGGAUUCCAACCGGAGGUUUCCUCUGGUUACUCCGGUUUCCUCCCCAAGUCCAAAGACACGCAUGGUAGGCUGAUUGGCAUGUCCAUAGUGAAUGUGUAUGUAUGUAUGUGUAUGUAUAAGAGUGUUGAUGAAGCCUUUAUACUUUUAUAGUCAUGAAUGUUCAGUCGUGUAAAUGGUUUACUGCCCUGCUUCAUAUGGAAUGAAUCGAAUGCAAGAAAACAAUGGAUUCAUUUCACUUGCACACACACAGUGGUGUCCGAAUGUCUGAGACCACAUUGACAAUCUUGGAGUAUAUAUAUAUAUAUAUGAUGAUCUAUAAUGUCUGUGCACACUAUCUUGACGAUUCAGUAUUGACAUUGUUGCACAAUUUCUAGGUCACAAUUUGAGUUUAAGCAGAUUUGUGAUACUUUAACAGAUUUGUGACCCCCCCCCCCCCCCCUGUUAUUCUUUUGAAAGCACAUUUUCCCAAUGAAUAUUACAUGCUUUUUGAUUUAUGAUUUUUAUACACUAACCUCAGAAUGCUUUAUCUUUUAAUGUCACACAGACAAUGAGCUCAUUGUUAAGGAGGUGUUUUGAACAAAGGGGAACAAAAGUUAAUUCCACUCCCCAUGUAGGGAAACCAAAGUUCAUUGACUAUGUAAAAAUAAUAUCCUUAUUUUAAUUGGAUAACCAAUGUUUUUUUUUGUUUUGUUUUGUUUUUUGUUUUGUUUUUAGAUUCCAGCACUAUUUCUACUUUAUGCUGUAAUUGUCAGAGCGCUUGUAAGAGUUGUACAAAACAGAAAAGUUUAACCAUUUAAAUAUGUAUUGUCUGUUUUUUUUGAUAGCAUGGAUUUAUUACUUUCAUAAACAUGUAUUUGUGAUACAAAAUUUUUAUAAAUAUAUUUGAAACAA